UAAAAAUUUAAAAUUAUUUUUAACAUAGGGAAGAAUUCAUCUUUAUACAUUCUAAAUUUAGACUUUAAGAGAACUAUUCUUUAGCCUUUCUUUCUACUUUAAGAAGAACCUAAUUUUGGAGGGUUUCAAAAGCUAAAACAUAAUAACAACUUUCUUGCUCUAAAUUUUGGUAACUUCAUUUUUUGUUCGUCCUCUGUUUUCUACAUUUUGUUUUCUUUCAUAUUUCUUUGACAGUGAAAAUGGUGAUGGAUAGAGAAGAAAGGAGAAGAAGAAUCAUGGAAAGAGGAUCAGAUCGUUUAGCUCUAAUCACAGGCCAAAUACAUAAUUUUGAUCCUUCGUCGCCGUCGUCUUCUUCCUCAUCAUCUGCUUUUCACCAACGUACAUACAGCGAGUCUUUGAUGCCACAGACUCAAUCUGAUCGCCAUCUCAUUCAAGAAAGCCCAUCUCUUAAGUAUCAAUUCAAAGGUGAAGUUAAGGCAAGAGAAGAACCAAAACUCUCCACUGUUCUUCACAAACCUUUAAAAACUGAAACAGCAAUACCAGAGGAAGCAAGAUCAGUAAAGAGUCAAAGUCAACGACCUAGGAGUUUCUUCAGCUCCAAGAAAGUCAAUGCAAGCAUCAUAAGCUCAGAAAGAAGUCGGAUUUUAAGCUCCCUCACCAUAGCUGCGUUUGUGGUUUUACUCCCGAGAUUGAACAUCAUAAGAUCAGAGACUAUCUUAGCUUUGAGACCUCUUUGGUUGCUUCUGCUUACAGAUUGUGCGAUAGUAAUGUCUCAUCUCACCAUGGAAGCUUCUGGAGGAGGAUUGAGCCAUGAAAUGGAAGAAGAAGGAACGGGUACUAAAGAUGGUAAUAAGGGAGAAAAUUGGUCUGAUGCAGAGAAGCUUCUGGAAAGAGGAGUUGUUGUGUAUCAAGCUCUUCGUGGAAUGUUCAUAGAUUGUAGUCUUUAUAUGGUUGUUGUUAUUUGUGGAGUCUGUCUUAUAUGAUUUUGUCCUUCUUUUUCUAGUUUUUUUGUUAAUUUUUUUUUUAAAAGAGAUUGUGUUUCCAUGUUUAUUAUCUUUCGUACGUAACACAAGUUUUCGGUUUGGAACUUGCAUGAACACUUUAGUUUCAACUUGUAACUUUUCUACUUCAAUCCGC